CCGGUGAUAAAGCGGGCGGGCGCGGGGCGCAGCGGCAGGACCGGAGCGGAAGGUGGAAGGUGACUGCGAGCUGCCAUCGUCCCGCGCGCAACUUCGAGGGCGCAGCGGGUGAGGCGGCAUGCAGACCAUGGACGAGCAGAACCUGCUGGAGAGCAAGCGCGGAGCCCGGUCAUUGUUCGGAUCUCUGUGGAGGAGUGAAGCGAGCCAGAUCCCUGCUGUGGACCUGCCUGCAGUUGAGCUGGCUGUCCAGAGCAACCAUUAUUGUCAUGCCCAGAAGGAUUCUGGAAGUCACCCUGACCCCGAGAAGCAGAGGGCCCGACGGAAACUCUAUGUGGCCUCUGCCAUCUGCUUGGUGUUCAUGAUUGGAGAAAUCAUUGGCGGGUACCUGGCGCAGAGCCUGGCCAUCAUGACCGAUGCCGCCCACCUGCUCACCGAUUUUGCCAGCAUGCUCAUCAGCCUCUUCUCCCUCUGGGUGUCUUCCCGACCGGCCACCAAGACCAUGAACUUUGGCUGGCAGCGAGCUGAGAUCCUUGGAGCCUUGCUGUCUGUGCUGUCCAUCUGGGUGGUGACUGGGGUGCUCGUGUACCUGGCUGCACAGCGGUUGAUUUCUGGAGAUUAUGAGAUCAAAGGGGACACCAUGUUGAUCACUUCGGGCUGUGCUGUGGCCGUGAACAUCAUCAUGGGGUUGGCCCUCCAUCAGUCUGGACAUGGGCACAGCCACGGGAACAGUCGUAACGACAGCAGCCAGCAGCAGAACCCCAGUGUCCGAGCCGCCUUCAUUCAUGUGAUUGGGGACCUUCUGCAGAGCGUGGGCGUCCUGAUCGCAGCCUAUAUCAUAUACUUCAAGCCCGAGUACAAGUACGUGGACCCCAUCUGUACCUUCCUCUUCUCCAUCCUGGUCUUGGGGACAACGUUAACCAUCCUGAGAGACGUGAUCUUGGUUCUCAUGGAAGGGACUCCCAAAGGUGUGGACUUCACCACUGUGAAAAAUCUCCUUCUGUCCGUGGAUGGCGUGGAAGCCCUGCACAGCCUUCACAUCUGGGCGCUGACAGUGGCCCAGCCGGUGCUGUCUGUCCACAUAGCCAUUGCCCAGAACGCUGACGCCCAGGCUGUGCUCAAGGUGGCUAGGGACCGUCUCCAGGGGAAGUUCAAUUUCCACACCAUGACCAUCCAAAUUGAGAGCUACUCCGAGGACAUGAAGAACUGUCAGGAGUGCCAGGGCCCCUCGGAGUGACUCCCCCGCCAGACACCAUCUCAUUGGAUCCGUGGCCAAGACUUGGGGUAGCACAAUCGAUGGUCAACCAGGACUCCAGUAGGGCACAGCCUGGUCCACGCCACAGUGGGACUCUCCUUAGCCUCUCUGAGCCACAGGAUGGGGACCCAGCAGAUGAGGCCCCACUUCUUCCAGGACUGUGUUUGGGCUGGAUCCUGAACAGAUAUCAUCUUAACACCACGGCUGGAGAGUCACUGAGGCACAGAAGGGGAUUUUGGGGUGUCCUGUAUGAUCUAGAGUCUCUGUGUCUGAACCAAAAAAUUUUGAAUAAGAUCCAUGUAACAUGUGA